AGAAGAUGGAGAGAUUGGACGAGGCGACCUCGCAUUCCAAUGAAGAAUUGAAGGAAGGAAUUCGAGAUAUAGCUAGCAAGAAGUCUCGUCUGGAAAUUAAGUUGAAAGAAGAGCAAACUUUACGUGAGGUAUGUCAAGCUUUGCUUGAAUGGAACUUGGAUAUGCAGCUACAGAAUACUAUCUUGCUUUAACUACCAACUAAACAAAACUAACUUGUUUAUACUGGAUUGCUCGCACUAUAUCAUUUCUGAAACGUUCUCCCUAGAAGUCCAGUAAGGGUCAUCUCUUAUUGAUCCAGUGUUACAACAAGAGAAAACCUAAACUAAACUAACUUUAUUUAUACUGGAUAGCUCUAUUAGUUCUAAACUGUUCUUCCUAGAGUUCCAGUAAGAUCAUCUUGUAUUGAUCCAGUGUUACAACAAGAGGAAACCUAAAUUAAAGUAACUUUAUUUAUACUGGAUAGCUCUAUCAGUUCUAAACUGUUCUUCCUAGGAAUCCAGUAAGGUUCAUCUCUUAUUGUUCCAGUGUUGCAACAAGAGGAAACCUAAACUAAACUAACUUUAUUUAUACUAGAUUAUCCUGUUAUUUUGAAAAGUGUAUAUUUUCAUAGAAACUGGAGAAUGCUGUCGACGUAGCUCAAGAAGAACAAGCAAAAUGCAAGGAUGAAGUAGCGUCAUUAUAUCGACAACUACAGCGUGUAAGAUCUUAAAUAGACUACUGUACGUGUUUCUAUUCCAACAUUCUUUUCUUCUUUCUGACAUACAUGAAAUGUUUUCUAAUUAGGAAAGGGAAGAGUGUAAUUUAGCAGUCAAGGAUGCGGAAGAAAAAAUGGCAAAAACUCGAGUGAGUAGAUAUCGUAUAUUAAUAUUUAUCUUUUCUAUAUUGAUCUUUUUCCAGCCGUGAUACCAAAGUGACUGCAGCUCGGAUUCUUGUGCCCCAUUUGGUUUCUUUUCUUUCUCGUGUCCACCCUCAGUUCCAUCUUCUUUUACUUAGCUGUGGUCUCAGACUCACCUGAGGUUUACUGCUAGGAUUCCUGGCCUUCAUUAGUGUCUGUCCCCUAUCAUGUCCCCAAUCACCUCAUUGAUAUUUAAAUCUUUCACCCAGCUCUAAUUUCAGACGGAGACGAGGUCGGUUGCUCGGAUUCUCAUCCUUCUCUGUCUCAUGCCAUGUCCACCGCAGUUCCUUGAUAUUUGCAUCUUCUUGUACACAGUUUGUUCGUCUCUUCUUCAGUAUAUUCCGAUAUUCGUCCUGUAUACUGUACAUUUAGUUAAAAUAUUUGCCAAAAAUUGAGGCGGGGAAUUGAUCGAAAUUUUUUAAGGCUGAAAGUGUUGACGAGAUACAGGAAGGCCAAAGACGUUUAGAAAAACAAAAAGAAGAAUUUGAAGAGAAAUUAGCUGACACAAAGGUAUCUCCAGAAUUUACUGUUUCCGUCCAUCAGUAUUUUAUUUUCAUGAUGUUAAAAUGUUUUUCAGCUGCAACUUGCAGACGAGAAGUCGACUGUUAAAGCACUACGUAAACAACAGGAAAAAGAUGGCAAAGAAAUUGAAAAUAUGCGAACGCAGAUAAACAGGUAUACAGAAUCUAGUGUGGGGGUAUUGAUAUUACAGUGAUCAGGGUAUCUAUAUGUCAACCUAUCUGUCUUUUUGUUUGUUUGAUUGUCUGUUUGUUUGCCUGUCUAUUUGUCAGAUCUCCGUUUUCAAAAGCCACAACUCCGUUUUCAAAUACCAAAACUCCGUUUUCAAAUGCCAAAACUCAGUUUUCAAAUGCCAGAGCUCCGUUUUCAAAAGUCAGAACUCUGUUUUCAAAAGCCAGAACUCCGUUUUCGGCUUGAUAUAUGAAAAUUUUCGACCAGUUGGGUUUGAGCAAAUAGUGGACACUCAAUUUUGACAAUGUGAAACACAACUCAAAAAAAUUUCUUCGGUGCUUGGUGCCCUGUCGCUAAUUUGCAAGCUUUAAGCGAAGCGAGCAAGUUUGGACCACGCAGGGCUAACUGAAAAUUAUUUUGACUGCCUGAAAAAAACCCUAAAUAUACAGGCAUGGGGUAUGUGUUUUUCACCCCUGGGACUGCAUUCAAUCCUUACAUGUACCUACUGUACAUCUGAUUGUAAUUUCACAUCAGUUUCAUGUUAGAACAGUACUUCCAGUUUGGCCAACAUCGCAUGUUUUUGGCGGCUGAACUUGACCAAUGGGGGAUGACCUUUACUGGAUCACCAAGUAGAACAGUUGGAUGGAAGCACAACUAUAUUGUACUUACACCCCCAUCUAUUUAUACUUUCAUUCCAGACUUACAGAAGAGAAAACUCGCUUGAGACAGAACUAUGAUGAGCUACAACAUGAUAUUGAAAGGAAGGUAAUGACAUCAAGUAUUUACAUGGGGAGAAAAUCCCGAAGGUCACUUUAAAAUGACAAAGCUGAAGAGUUUGCUUAGUUUAGGAGACUUAUAUACACUAAAUAAAAAUAUUGGCCUGAUGCGCAUCCCAUUGCAGCUCAUACUUGUUUUUUCCAUUCAUAUUUUUAGGACGAACUAAGAGAGCAAGACAAAACUAGGUAGAGCCUUUUACGUACAUUAUAUUGAAUAAUUUUAUUCGUUAAUUGAGGGCCUGAAUGGUGGAGAUGGAUUUACCAGAGGGGAGGAGGAUUAUUUCAACAUUGGUUAAAGUAACCCAUGAACUGCUUAUAUGUGCGCUGACAGUUCACAUUUCCCCGUAUUUUUGACUGACAACCAACAAAAUAUCUUAACAGCCAGCUGACUGACAGCUGAAAAUUAGAAUUAUAGCUGUCAACUGACAUUCAUUGAGAACUUCUUCACUGAAAUGAAUGACGAAUCUCAAAAAUAUAGCACCACAUUCUCAAUUGCUUCAACAGGAUAACCGAACUGGAGACUGAAAUUCGAAGAUGUCAUCACUCCUUGAAUCGUGUUACUGAUGAAAAGAAGGUUAGAACUAAAAGGGGCGGGGGGUCAAGGCUAAUCUCAGAGGGCUACAGAUUUUAACGGGGGUGCACAUUUCCAUGCACCUCAACCAUAGCUAUAGUGACAACAAUUUACAGCAAUAUAUUGUAGUGUUGUAGAUACACCCCUCUCAUGAUUAACAUAAUAUGAAACCGUAGGAGACAAUGGGUUUGUUAUUGCAUGCAAUGUAGAUAGUGGGAAAAGCAAGAAAUAAAAUAUACGUUUAAAUUCAACGUAUAUGAUGAUUUCUCGUAUGUGAUGUUUGUGAUGUUACUCUGAGUGUGCAUCCACACCGGGCAAGCUGAAAAGUUUGCCUGACCACGGUGAGAAUCGAAUCCGCAACCUUUGCAAUUCCAUGACAAUUGUAGUGUGCACUGCUUGAUACUGGAUAUGUGCCACUGUAGCUUUGCGUAGUUUUGCUUACAAGCAACAGUAGACGUUUUACUUUCGUCCGUAUAUCUGCUUCACUUUACUCUUUAGAAGUAAGUUCAAGCGUUUGUUGUUGUGUUGUGUAGGACACGUUCGAGAAAGCCGAUGCUGACAAAGUGUAUUAUAUAACCGAACUUGAAAAACAGAAUGCAACCUUGAAAGACAUCUCACGCAAAAAUAAAGGUUUGUCCCGAAGAAACAUUAGUUGUAUAAUACCUGUAUCAUCACUGAACUUUCUCGCACCAAAGAAGAAAAUUAUCUUUUGUGCACCAUAUUUUUUGUUAGAUUUGGAAGAAAAAGCGCGGGAAAACCAAGAGAGGAUUGCAGCCCUCCAGAGGAAGAUUUCGAAACUUACUAAAAGUCUGGACGAUGUAAGUACGAUGUGCUGUAGCUUGACAGAGCAGUGGAGCUAUACUUUCUUAAAAGGUAGAAAGGUGGAGUAGAUAGGUGUUCACCGAAAAAUGUUGAAGCCAAGUUUCAUUCUGUAGUAACAUUAAGAGGGUUCAGAUAUGACUUCCAUUUCCGCUACCUUUCUCUAUCUGAUUGGUUAAUUGGGUAGAUUAAACGUAUCUGAUUGGUUAAUCGGAUAGAUUAAACGUAUCUGAUUGGUUAAUCGGAUAGAUUACUGUAAACGUAUCUGAUUGGUUAAUCGGGUAGAUUAAACGUAUCUGAUUGGUUAAUCGGAUAGAUUAAACGUAUCUGAUUGGUUAAUCGGAUAUAUCAAACGUAUCUGAUUGGUUAAUCGGGUAGAUUAAACGUAUCUGAUUGGUUAAUUGGAUAGAUUAAACGUGUCUGAUUGGUUAAUUGGAUAGAUUAAACGUGUCUGAUUGGUUAAUUGGAUAGAUGAAACGUGGUGUUUAAUGGUGGUGUUGCAAGUCAAAUCUGAACCUCCCUACUUAAUCGAUAAGGAAUAUCCCUUAUUAGAACUCUAGGGAGAACAGUUUAGUUUACAAGAGUUUUAACCUCUCAUCAUGUUUUUAUCCUUUUUGAAAAUGUUGCUGUCUCGAAAUAUUUAUUGUUUUUGCUUUAUCUAGGCGACUGAGGCAUUGCAGAACAGCAUGGUUGCACUUGUUGACAAUCAGAAACUUCUCGAUGAAUUGUAUAAUUUCAGGGUACCUGACACCACAGUGUUAUACAAAAUAAUGUUUUUGACUGGUAAUGGUCAGUUGACUUCACAUAUAGUAUUAUAUACUAUCUAUGUUUAUUAUCAUAGGGUGAUCAAGAAGAACGAGACCGCAUUCAUUAUAAAUAUGCAAGGUAAAUUAAAGUUGUCUUCUAUUGGUUCGCAAUCCAACAAACAAACAAACAAACAAACAAACAAACAAACAAACAAACAAACAAACAAACAAACAAACAAACAAACAAACAAACAAACAAACAAACAAACAAACAAACAAACAAACAAACAAACAAACAAAAAACAACUAGUGCUGCAUGGUUGAUUUCUGGUUUGUACUUUUCAAUUCCCAGAUUUCAAGAACAAGUAAAGUUGUUGACGCGCGAGUUGAACGACGCUAAAACUACAGCUGAGGAACAAAAAGUAAGUUUAGCUGUUGAGAAAGAAGACGGCUGUCCUAAAUACAGGAAUAUUUUCACUAAGUCUGAGGAAAUAAUGUAUGACAGUAGAACUAUUGUCUUCUUUCUUUGUAUAUGAAAGAAAAUAAAAAGUUUUCAAAGUGUUGUCAUUGCUUUAUAGAAAGAUACACAAGAUGCCAGUAAUCUAUCUGCAAGACUCUUGGAGGUGUGUAAAUUAAAUUCUUCGUUUUCUUUCAUAUUUUGUAUUUUAAUAUUUUAUAUACUUUUUAAACAAUCACAUAUAUUAAUAUCGCAACAAACCUUUCUGCUAUUUUAUUUCAAGAAUCAUAACAUUUCGCCUUCUUUCUCCUUGUAGAGUCUUAAUCAAAUAUCAACUCCACAUCUAGCUGGAAAACGGAACAGGAAUAAUAGUACUUCGUUUUUAUCAAGGUAUUCUAAUUUGUAUACAGUCUGUAUCCUAAAAUUUACACAAUUAUUUCUGCCGUGUUAAAUAGAUCGUAUUUAUAGGAAGUCGAAUGCUUGUUAUCCUCUGUUUCCAGACCCAAGUCAAAAUCCAGAGAAGAUUUUGGAUCACUAGAUACCAUAUUUUCGUCUUCGUGUGAAGGUUAGUAAACCAGAGAAUUUUUGGUAAACUUGGAAUAGAAGAUUCACUCCGACCUGGGAUUGCCCCCCCCCCCCCUACAUACUACUACAGCUUCGUCAGUGACGAUACACUGAUACAGCGCCCAUUCAGCAACCCUUAUUCCUGCAUUAACCGGGCUGUGGUAGGAAAUGAGAUAAAGUGACGAUGGAAAUUUAACUAGUAUUUAUUAACAUGUAUCAUUAUUUUUAGAUGUGACUCAUCUUAAGGAAGACCAUAAUUUUAAGACUCCAAAAAGGACGUCUGUGCGAGAUGUUCAUUAUAAGCGUAGGUGAGUGUUCCCACGUACACUGGACCACCACGUUUGAGAUAUCUUCUUCAGGUAGUUCAGACACAAACUACAGCAGCUUAUUGUAGAAUACUACCUACACUGGACCACCACGUUUGAGAUAUCUUCUUCAGGUAGUUCAGACACAAACUACAGCAGCGUAUUGUAGAUUACUAUCUACACUGGACCACCACGUUUGUGAUAUCUUUUUCAGGUAGUUCAGACACAAACCACGACAGCUUAUCGUAGAAUACUACCUACACUGGACCACCACGUUUGAGAUAUUUUCUUCAGGUAGUUCAGACACAAACCACGGCAGCUUAUUGUAGAAUACUACCUACACUGGACCACCAUGUUUGAGAUAUAUCUUCUUCAGAUAGUUCAGACACAAACUACGACAGCUUAUUGUAGAAUACUACCUACACUGGACCACCACGUUUGAGAUAUGUUCUUCAGGCAGUUCAGACACAAACCACAGCAGCUUAUUGCCGAUUUUUUUCCAGAUCGACACGCAACUCGACACAUAAUGCUGCUGAAAAAGACUAAAUGAUCAAUCAAGUUAUGAAAAAUUAUCUCAUGGUUGCCGUGAGUUGUGUUAAAUUAUGACCAUGUAAAUUAUGUACAGAUGUAUAGAAUGAAAUUGCGUGCCACAGUGAAAACGUACAGAAACUAUAUAUGCCUGUUUUAUAUAUUUGAACGCUUGACGCAUGCAAAGACAUACACAUGCAGGCAUUAGUGUGGAAAAAGUUAGUGUUGACAUUCACGGCUUGUGUUGCGGUUGGCAGGGCAUGGAAUAAUGGUUCGAAUCAGGACCGUGACUUGAGUAUUACGGCUGGGGGGUGAGCUUCCGUCGUGUCCGGAAGUCGUGCCCGACGGACAUUUCAUUCGCUAAUUAAUAUUUCUUUUCCCAAAAUUGUCGGCUGGGUGAGAGAAGAAAUUUUCGCACAUACCAUUUUUCACUAACUUACCGAAAUUUGUACAAUUUUUCGGUAAUAUUUUCGCGAAUUUAUAACAGAAUUUUUUACAACUAUUACUUUUCAAAAAAGUAUGUAAAGUUUUUUGCUCAAUUACAUAUUUUUUGCCCGACGAGCGUGUCGUUAAAAUUGCUGAAAUUGCCCGACAAACUGCAAUAUUACAACAUUGGGGGGGGGGGGUCCCCACCCACACCCCUAAGGAAGUAUGCCCCUGGUUUGAAUUUGCCCAUUUGAAUUUGAUUAGAAUUGCGGAAUGGCUAAAAUGAUUUCAUUGCAACCCGACCGUUGAUCGACCGUUAAUCCAAGCCCUGUUUAAAUCUUUACGUACAAUAUGAAAGAUAAUAUUACUAUAUAUAUAGAUAUAAUCAUAUUUAUAUUUUAAAUGUAUUAUAAGAUUAUUUAUAUGAAGAAAUAGAUUGACGAAACGACGG